AUGGCGGAGUCCCUGCCAGCCGGCUGCCCCGAGUUUUGGUACAUGCUCGCUGCUGCAGUUGGACUCGUACUCUUCGGUGGGAUGAUGAGCGGGCUAACCCUCGGCCUCCUGUCCGUCGAGGAGCUGGAACUCAGCAUCGUCCAGCGUGUGGGUACCCCUUCGGAGCAGAGGAUGGCUACCGCUGUCCGCGGCCUCAUCAAACGGAAGCACCUGCUGCUGGUGACGCUUCUGCUGUGUAAUGCUCUCGCUAUGGAAGCAUUGCCCCUGGUGCUGGACCGGCUUGUUCCUGGCAUCGCCGCCGUGGUGAUCUCUGUGACGGCAGUACUCGUUUUCGGGGAGAUUCUCCCCCAAGCGUUUUGCAAGGCCUAUGGCCUUGCAGCUGGCGCAGCUGCAGCUCCUCUUGUGCGCUGUCUCUUGGUCAUCUGCUUUCCGAUUGCUUGGCCCAUCGCCAAGAUGCUCGACUGCCUUCUCGGACAUGAUGAGGGGAAUUUCUAUGAAGGGGCGCAGAUGGCAGCUGCUCUCGAGAUACACAAGGAGAAGGGCCAUCUCAGCACCGAGGAGGCUGCCAUCAUGCAAGGUGCUUUGAGCAUGGCACGGAAGCGGUCUCAGGAUGGCAUGACCCCACUCGAUCGGGUCCAGUCCCUUGCUGCAAAUGCAGUCCUCGACGCAAACACCCUGGACUGGAUCAUGAAAUCAGGCUACUCACGCAUUCCGGUGCAUGAGCAAGGCGAGCCGACGAAGUUUGUCGGCUACCUCCUCGUCAAGAAGCUGAUCACCCUAAGGCCAGAAGAUGCGUGGCCGGUGUCCACCCAACGACUGAAUCCGUUGGUGCUGGUACUCGAGGACCAGCCGCUCUACAAGAUUCUGGACAUCUUCCAAACAGGCCAGACGCACAUGGCUUUGGUGUAUCCCAAGGGUACCGAUCUCUCAUCCAGCUCGAGCUUCGCUGCUACUCCUCUGGGUAUUCUCACCUUGGAGGAUGUGCUUGAGGAGUUGAUCAACGAAGAGAUCGUGGACGAGACAGACCGGUUCAUCGAUGCGGCACAUGAGGAAAAAGGACCAGCCGAGCAAGUUCGCCAACUUUCUGCAGAGUCGGUGUCGAAUGAUGGCUUUGUCUUUACUGCGCCGUGCACCUUCGCGUCAUCAGCGAUGACGCGAAUGGCCAUGAGAAGGCAGGUAACAGCUCCAGCUUUGGGCCAGGAUGGAAAGGUGCUCCGGCAUCGUCUAACUACGAUGUGUGACCUGGCUCAGAGCCGUUCAGGUGGUAGGGAGGCGAGCGUGCGGACUGUAGGCCGGAGAGCAAGGCUUUGGUCACGGCCCAUGGAGGAGCCGGAUGCACAGGAGUCGAGCGGAGAGUCGAACUCCACCUCGGAGUGCUGUACUGAGACCGGUUGGGGUUUGAACUUGGCACCCAACAGGUUUGAUCACCAGUGCCCGAACUCCGUGGUGCUGAACCGAAGCGAAGAUGAUUGGGAAGCCUUGGCGCAAGCACGGCACCUCAAUGCCACCCGUGGCCUGCUCGGCAUCUACGACAACUUGCAGCGGUGCUUCAAAGGUAAUCUCCAUACACCUGGAUUUCUGAAAAGGCCUGGUAAAGGACAGUUCGUCAUUGACAUUGGUUUGGGCUUCGAUGCAAAGGAGACACGGGACGCCGUCAAGAACGGCUUCACAGUCUUUGCCUUUGAGAUGUUACCAGGGAACAUACAGGAGAUUCAAAAGUUGGUUUCAGGUGACUCCAGAUUCCAUUUUGUGGAGCUCCGGAAGGAAGGGGAUCGAUGGAUACUGCCAGAGUUGCCCAAACCCGCUGGCAACACCGGCUUUGCAUACAUAAUCAAUGCUGCAGUGUCGGACGAAGAGAUGACCGUGAUGUUUUCAGUCAAGCAGACACAUUCGCUGAUUGAGUCUGUUGAUACAGGCAAGAAAGAAGGGAAGCCAGUUCCGGUGCUGCCUCUGCACAAGCUCCUCCCAAGCUGGCUCCCACAUGUCGAUUACUUGAAGGUUGACACGCAGGGCCAUGAACUGAAGGUCUUGCGUGGAUGCCAGAAGCUGUUUGAAGAGGGCCGCUGCCGCUACAUCACCUUCGAGUUCAGCCCAUUGCUGAUGAAACAUGCGAAGUCUGGCGAUCCUCUCGUGUUGCUGAAGCUGCUGCCGAGUAUGGGCGCGCUUUGCUACACUGCAAGCGCUCCGCAUGAACACCUCAGGCCCGGCGCGGCCUGGCCCUUGGAGGAGUGGUUCCAGCUGCUGGAUACCGGAAGCUGGUUGGGAUACAAGGGCAUUGCAGCGUCAAGCUUUACGGCCGUGAACUCCGCGGCUAAGGUGAAGGGUGGCUUCGGUGCAUGGGUCGAUCUCCUUUGCACUUGGCCCGUCACAACACUGCACAGCCCGAAGACCGCGGCGAAGUGGACCGUGAACAGAACUGUGAGAGAACUCAUGCUGGACCACCAGUGCCCAGACAAAGUUAAGUACAACCUCAGCGAGGACGACAGAUCUGCUCUUGAGCGUACCAGGAUGAGCAAUGCGGAGAUGGCCCGCUUUGGCAUCUUCGAUGACUUGCAGGAUUGCUUUGAGCGCAGCUCUAAGAUGCCAGGCUUUCUUGAAAAGCCCGGUGCAGGCCAGUUUGUUAUCGACAUUGGUGUUGGAUGGGAGGCCAAAGAGAUGAGACUAGCAGUCCAGAACGGCUUCACGGUCUUUGCCUUUGAGAUGCUACCUGGGAACAUACAAGAGAUUAAACAGCUGGUUUCAGGCGACUCUAGGUUCCAUUUUUUGGAGCUCCGGAAGGAAGGGGAUCGAUGGAAACUGCCAGAGCUGCCCAAACCCACUGGCAGCGCCGGCAUUGCGUACGUAAUCAACGCUGCAGUCUGGGAUGAGGAGACGACCGUGACGUUUCCAGACAGUCUGAGACGCUCCCACACGGAGUCGGUGACUACUGGGCGAGACGAGGGAAGGGCUGUUCCAGCCCUGCCUUUACACAAGCUCCUUCCGAAGUGGCUGCCGCACGUGGAUUACUUGAGAAUUGAGACCCAAGGGCACGAGCUGAAGGUCUUGCGUGGCUGUGAGAGGGUGCUGCGGGAGCCCCACAGUCGCUACAUUCAGUUCGUGUUCGCUCCCUGGCUCAUAAAGCGAACUCAGAAAGGAGAUCCCCUGGAGCUGCUCCAGUUCUUGCCCAGAUUGGGAGCGCUCUGCUACACGGCGAGUUCACCGAAGCUUCAUCUGCGACGAGGUGCUCCCUGGCCGCUUGAGGAAUGGCUCAAGCUCCUGGAUGAAGGCAACUUUACCGGCUACUACCGCCCGGUUGGGACGAAGGACCACUACAAAAUGUGGAUGUAUGGACCCUGGGUGGACAUCUUGUGCUACUGGCCUUUCACUUCCUCGAGCAUUGAGGAGACGACCUCAAGCCAAAGCAGCUUGGGUCUGGGAGCACCUCUCGAGGUGACAGCACCAGGCGAGCAACACCUGCAGCAGAUGCUGUUGCAGAAGCCACCUAUGGCUCAGCCGCAGGCAGUCUUUGCAAACAGCAUGAGUGUCUGGGCUGGUGUCGUUCCUCUCAUCUUCGGAUGGUGUAUCCUUGUCGCGCUACGCUGCCUCCGCUAUUGCCGGUAG